CGGUUGGCGGGGGGCGGGGGACAGCGCGGAGCCCGACCCGGCCACACUGAUCGCCCGCCGCCAUGGGCUCUUCGCAGAGCGUCGACAUUCCAGGCGGGGGCACGGAAGGCUACCACGUCCUUCGGGUACAAGAAAAUUCCCCAGGACAUAGAGCUGGACUGGAGCCAUUCUUUGAUUUUAUUGUUUCUAUUAAUGAUUCAAGAUUAAAUAAAGACAAUGAUACUCUUAAGGAUCUACUGAAAGCAAAUGUUGAAAAACCUGUAAAAAUGCUUAUCUACAGUAGUAAAACACUGGAGCUACGAGAGACCUCCGUCACACCGAGUAACCUUUGGGGUGGCCAGGGCUUGUUGGGAGUGAGCAUUCGUUUCUGCAGCUUUGAUGGGGCAAAUGAAAAUGUUUGGCAUGUGUUGGAAGUAGAAUCAAAUUCUCCUGCAGCAGUGGCAGGUCUUAGACCUCACAGUGAUUAUAUCAUUGGAGCAGAUACUGUCAUGAAUGAGUCUGAAGAUCUGUUCAGCCUUAUUGAAACACAUGAAGCAAAACCAUUAAAACUUUAUGUGUAUAAUACAGACACUGAUAACUGUCGAGAGGUGAUUAUUACACCAAACUCUGCAUGGGGUGGAGAAGGCAGCCUAGGAUGUGGCAUCGGAUAUGGUUAUUUGCAUCGAAUACCUACACGCCCCUUUGAAGAAGGAAAGAAAAUUUCUCUUCCAGGACAGAUAACUGGUACACCUAUUACUCCUCUUAAAGAUGGGUUUACGGAGGUCCAGCUGUCCUCAGUUAAUCCUCCGUCUUUGUCACCACCAGGAACUAUAGAAAUUGAACAGGGUCUGUCUGGACUUUCUAUUAGCUCAACCACACCGGCUGUCAGUAAUGUUCUCAGUACAGGUGUACCAACAGUACCAUUAUUGCCACAAGUAAACCAGUCCCUUACUUCUGUGCCAUCAAUAAAUCCGGCUACUUCAUUACCAGGUUUGCCGCCUCUUCCUUCUUUGUCUUCUCGAAACUUACCUGGCAUCGCAGCUCUCCCCAUGCCAUCCGAGUUCCUCCCAUCAUUCCCUUUGGUUCCAGAGGUCUCUUCUGCAGCAGGCUCAGGGGAGCUGCUGUCUUCCUUCCCACCCACCAGCAGCCCACCCUCUGAUCCUGUCGUGACCACUGCAAGAGCAGACGCUGCUUCAGCACUCACUCUGGAUGUGACGCUCCCAACUCCCAAGGCCCCCGUCACUGUUGAGGACAGAGUCAGCGAAUUCACCCCCGCCAGCGAGAAGCCUGUUUCUGUGGUGACAGAUGCAAAUGUCUCUGAGUCACCCUAACUUUGAACCAUCUCUGGAGUUGGCGCAGUGUACUUAUCUAACCACGGAAGCAAGUCCGGAAAUGCAAACUAUCAUAAAUUUCAUACUAGUUUGUACCUUAUCAGUAGGCAUCCUGUAAAUAAUUCUAAGGGGAAAACUAAGCAAAAGGAUCUGGGAUUGUAUCCUGCCAAGUCAGGGUGGGUUCAUGGGUUGGGGAGGGAAAUGUCAGAAAGUGCUUGUAUUUUAAAACAACCAAAAAGAAUUGUAAGGGUGGCUUGCUGCCAGGUUUCCACUGCCAUUCUUGGGGGUGUGCAUCUUUGGGGAAGGCGGUGACAGGGUGUCUCCUAGUGUCCCUGUCCCCUUGCUGCUCCUCUGUAAGAAAACAAACUAUUUUAUGCCUAGUACUCACAUGCACCAUUUCUUGUAGUUUGUAAAUCGUUUGCAAGAAUGCAGACCAACUCACUAAACCGUGAAAGGAAAAGAUACUUUACUUUUGGUCUCUGUGAGUCACAGCUCUAUUAAGGUUUACAUGAAAAUUACAACUAAAGAUGUUUAUUAAAGUUACACAGUGUACACUAUGAAUUGAACAUCUUUUUAUUCAGCCUAUAGACAGAUCCUUGUUUUGAGCUCUCAAAAUUACUCAGACAACAUUUUGUAAUUGCUGCUGUUGCUCUAUACAUCCACCGUAAAAUACAUUUAAAAAGAAGUAAAGGAGGUGUUGGUGUUGCACAGUUUUAAACCAGAAGGUGGCACUUUGUGGCUACUUAAAUAUUAUUGCUAUACUGGGAAAGCAUAGAUACAGCAAUAAAUUACAGUGAUUUGACAUUUCUUCUUGUAUGUUUAAAUUACAACUCCUAACUGCCGUGUGUGCACUCGUUACUCUCCAGUAUGUCUCACAUCUUUAAUGUAAUUUUUCAUGUCUUAAUGUUUGCUUUCUCCUAAGUUUUCUAAGAGAUGAUAAGUUAAAUAGAAUUGAUUUAUUGAAUGAAAUUAAAUGCAUAUUAUAUCUCUGUUUUUUAAAUCAGACAAAAGAAGUGCAUCAGUUAUUGACCUGGUAUUGUCAUGAAUGUUGCUGAGAAAGCAGUGCAUAAAAUUCAGCCCUCAGCUGGACACGAGAGUCGUCAGCACCAGCCCAGAGCCUCCAGCAGGGGCCAGCGCCAGCCAGUUUUUAGAAUCUAUCCAUUUCUGGAGCCCGGUUGAUACUGACAAUGACCAAAGAAGGCUCCAGCUCUAAUCAUAGCAUCUUCUGUUUGCAUGAUAAACAUUUCUAGAAGAGGUCUGUCCGUUAACCCUAUUU